AUGCCACCAAAGCCAUCCGCCAAGGGAGCCAAGAAGGCCGCCAAGACCGUCACCAAGCCAAAGGACGGAAAGAAAAGAAGAGCCCACCGCAAGGAAUCCUACUCUGUGUACAUCUACCGUGUGCUCAAGCAGGUCCAUCCAGACACUGGUGUCUCUUCCAAGGCCAUGUCAAUCAUGAACUCUUUCGUCAAUGAUGUCUUUGAGCGCAUCGCCGCCGAAGCUUCUCGUCUUGCUCACUACAACAAGAGAUCGACCAUCUCAUCCCGCGAAAUUCAAACCGCUGUUCGUUUGAUCCUUCCAGGAGAGCUCGCCAAGCACGCCGUGUCUGAGGGAACCAAGGCUGUUACCAAGUACACCUCCAGCAAGUAA